AUGCCACCACCAAACAUACCCGCCCAAGACACAAGCGAAACCGAAUACGUUCCCAAAACCCAAGUCGAAUCCUCUUCUAUAAAAAAAAGAAGCCAUAAAAAGAAGGAUGAGACCGAAAAACGUACCCCUAAGAAGGUAGAAUUUUGGUCGCCUAAGGAAGAGUUCGAGUUGGCAAAAGCAUGGCUUGACGUGUCGGAGGACGAGAUUGUUGGAGACGACCAAGACAUAAAGGUAUUUUGGGGUCGUACACGCGAGAAGUUUUUCGCCGCAAUGGGUCGUGGCGUGUAUCGAACCGCCGACUCUUUUUCGGGAAAGUGGGGUGCUAUGAGGCUGAAGGUUAGCAACUUCAACAACAUAUACAAUAACCUCGUCAAUAACACUCGAAGGAGAAGUGGUGUGAGCGACGUCGAUGUCGUUAUAGAAGCCCACAACGACUAUAGAAUGCACCAUGGGCAUAUGUUUACGUUGGUAACCACAUGGGAGCUUCUUCGCAAAUCUCCAAACUCGUUGAUUGGGACGUCACAAAACCAAAACCAGACCACGGCUGCAAAUUCUCAGCCGUUGGUGGCUGAAACUGAGAUUGCGUCCGGCGGUGUGAUGAACCCUCUACCGUGGACCCUUCCAGAAGAUGAUAGGAGCCGGCGGAAAGGGAUCGGAAGCUGUUUUGAAGCUUGUGUCUCUUCAUGA